GGGCCGGGAGUUGGAGGACGGUCUCUGGGGGUGCUGACAGGCCCGGCGCCGCGGAAGAGCCUCCCGCGGGCGGCCGCGAUGUCGGACUCGGCGGUCAGCCGACUGCUGGACAUAUGCCUUUGGUACUUCGUGAACAACAUUUCCAGAUAUAUCACAGAGAUUAAGCCUUUGCCUCCCAACAUAAAAGAUCGGCUGCUUAAAAUUAUGAGCAUAGAGGGACAGAUAACAGAUUCAAAUAUAAGCGAGAUUUUGCAUCCCGAAGCCCAAACCCUGAAUGUGGAGAACUGUGAGAUUUCAGACGCUGCCCUCCUGCAUGUGUGUAACUGCAGGAAAUUGAGGCGGUUAAAUCUAAGUUCCCUUGAUAAAAACAGAAUCUCCAUCACUUUGGAAGGAUUAAAAGCUGUGGCUUCAUCUUGUUCAUACCUGCAGGAAGUUUCUUUGAAAAGAUGCACCAACCUUACUGAUGAGGGAGUCCUUGCUUUUGCCCACAGUUGCCGGCUGCUAAAGUUAAUCAAUAUAGGCAGCUGCCUCCGGAUAACUGAUGUGUCCUUACGAGCACUAGGAGAAAACUGCCCACUUCUGCAGUACGUUAACUUUUCAGGGACUCAGGUAUCUGACAGUGGUGUGGCUGCACUGGUUAAUGGACCUUGUGGGAAGAAAUUAGAGGAGAUUCAUAUGGGCCGUUGUGUGAAUCUGACCGACGAGGCUGUUGAAGUCGUCCUCACUUGCUGUCCUCAGAUGCAGAUUUUCCUCUUCCACGAGUGCCCCCUGAUGACAGAUCGUUCACGAGAAGUCUUGCAGCGAUUAGUAGGCCCAAACAAACUAAAACAAGUGAUGUGGACUGUUUAUUGACAUUCCUUGAAGCUUAUCGAGCCUUGAUCUCCACACUGCUUUCCCAGGAAACUUGGUGUGUAGAGCCUGCUUGUCACUUAGCUUAGCUGCCCCCUAUGUUUGCUAUCUUCUUUCAGGUUGUAACUGAGGGCAAGGGGGUGGGGUGGGUGAGAUCACCCCUUUUGUUCCACUUGGUAAUCCCAGCAUGGCCUCUAGUUUGUUUGAGGGCAGGGGACAUUGUGUGUUGUUUCCUUAAUAAAGUUUUUUCAGUUAUCUGAUUUUCCUCUAUCUAGAUAUUUGAGCUGUUAUAAGAGAAAUUUACUUGUAUGGAUGAAGAGUUUUAGCCUACAUAAAACUGUUAAAGGCGGAAUUGCCUUCGUGGCUGUUUUCCAGCUCCUGCCUUCCCGAAAUGUUUGGAUGCCUAUUGGCCAAAAGCUGUCAGGCUUGUAAAUUCCUUGCUAAAUACAUUAUUUCAAUGAAACAAAAUAAUUGAUGGUCUAAUAA